AUUGGUUGAACAACGCGGAAGUGAGGAGAGAACUCGCUAACAACAACAGAGACUGUCUGUCCUCGCUGUCUCGCUGUCUUUCUGUCUUUCUGUCCCCCCUGAGGACCUCCAGAGCCCCGGUCCGGACAUGGCUCUGCCCCCGCAGCUCAAAGCCAUCCAGCACUACCUGCGGACCGCCCAGGAGCACGAGAAGAGGGACCCGGUGGUGGCCUACUACUGCCGGCUCUACGCCAUGCAGACCGGCAUGAAGCUGGACAGUAAAACACCAGAGUGCCGAAAGUUCCUGGUCAAACUCAUGGACCAGCUGGAGACGAUGAAGAAGGAUCUGGGGGAGAAUGACUCCAUCAGUCAGGAGGUGGUGGGGAACGCCCACAUAGAGAACUACGCCUUAAAGAUGUUCCUCUACGCCGACAACGAGGACCGAUCAGGACGCUUCCACAAGAACAUGAUCAAGUCCUUCUACUCCUCCAGUCUGCUGCUGGACGUCCUGUCUGUGUUUGGGGAGUUGUCAGAGGAGAACAUCCAGCACAGGAAGUACGCCCGCUGGAAGGCCACCUACAUCCACAACUGUCUGAAGAACGGAGAGACGCCUCAGGCCGGGCCCAUCGGCAUGGACGAGGACGAGGAAGCAGGUGAGUUUGGAGCUGAAGGCUUCUCGGGCCAGGGCGCCUCCUUCAGAGGAGGAGGCUCCUUCCGGGACCAGGACCACAGUCUGGACCCGGGUCCGGCCCCGGGGAUCGGCUUCGCUCCCGGCCCUGGGUCGGGCCCCUCGGGGCCCCCAACCACCAACUACAACAACAUCCACAUCCCACCAGGGGCCCACGCACCGGCCAACACUCCAGCAGAGCUGCCUCCACCCGCAGCAGAAGCAGAUAAACCAGUUCCUGCUCCCAGAUCAGUUCCUGCUGUCGACCCGGCCCUGCUCCACGCCACGCAGCAGGGUGGCGUCCACCUGUCCCCGGAGGACUUCACGCUGGCCCAGAAGUACUGUAAGUACGCGGGCAGCGCCCUGCAGUACGAGGACGUGGGCACGGCCGUCCAGAACCUCCAGAAGGCCCUGAAGCUGCUCACCACCGGCAAAGAAUGAAGCCUUUGUCCUCUUCAUCAUCCUCAUCCUCAUCCCCCAACAGCUAUCACACACACACACACACACACACACACUGAACAGAGCGCAGCGUCAUCAGAGGACAUGAUGUAAAUCAGCUCAACAAUGGCCGCCUGUGUCUCUCACUGUGACUGACUGACUCCUCGUUAACCUCCUUAUCAACCAUAAUGACAUGAUUACAGCCCGGAGAUCAAAGCACCACUGAUUACUGACAGCUCCUCUUCUAUUGGCUCCCUACACAUCCAUCAAUAUUAUUAAUAAACACAAACGGGACGUUAAAGACUCAGAGGAGCUCAACCUUCAGGGCUGAGCUUCUGGAUUAGUUCUUUAAAAAGACCGUAAGAGAAGUUUUGAUGCUGACUUCAGGUGGUUUUUUUGCAGUUUUUUAUCGACUUUCUGCUCCAGAAAAAAAGCAGAAAAACGCCUGAAAAAAAGCAGAAAAACGCCUGAAAAAAAGCAGAAAAACGCCUGAAAAAAAGCAGAAAAACGCCUGAAAAAAAGCAGAAAAACGCCUGGAAAAAAAGCAGAAGAACACAAAAAAAAGCAGAAAAACGCCUGAAAAAAAAGCAGAAAAACACAAAAAAAAAAGCAGAAAAACACCAGAAAAACGUAAAAAAAAAAAAAAAAAAGCAGAAAAACACCAAAAUCUGAGCAGAAUUACCUACUUCAGGUGUUUUUUUUGUCUUUGUAGAAGAGUCACUGUUGGUCUAAUAUCGACUUUCUGCUCCAGGAAAAGUCAUUGAGUUCAUGUCUAUAAAUCAAUAAUAAAACACCUGAAAAACACCUGCAAAAAGCAAAAUCUAAGUAUAAAUAUUAACAAUUAGAGCCCAGAGAUCAAAGCACGACU